GGAAUGGCACACAGAAGUCAUUGCAUACUCUGUUCUCAUCAUCCAUCUAGUCGUCUGCUCAGGCCACCGGAUGUUUGGCUCAAACAAGCAUGCGGACCAGCAGGGUUAAGCUUCCUCCGGGCGCUUAGCCACUCCCACCUCGUAUUGCGAGGCUGAUUGGGGCGAGCCUUUCCUGCUGUACGGGCCCUGAGUACACAAGCUACUUAUCGGAAGACUGUCCUACGACCAGCCUCGGUUGGGAUCCUGCUUCGUCUUCUCGUCGUUCUUACUCUCGCUUCAACAAUGCGCGCUUAGCAUAGCCCGUCGCCGAUCAGUCGUUCCCAUCCGCACCAAGUAUCAAUCGCUUGAAAAGCGCCAUUUUCACAAUGGCGGAGAAUGACCACGAAAUGCGCAACAUCUCCAACGACCGUCAGGAGCAGCAGAAUGUCCCAAAACCCGAAGCAGCCCAGCAAAACGUGGCGCCUCUCUCGCCACGCUCGUCACUUACUGCCCAUGAACCGGCGACUACAAGGCUUCGGACCCCACUCUGGCCCAUUAUAGUCGUCCUCUUCUAUGCGGCAAUAACGCUCACGUCAUGGGUCCUUCUUUGCAUCAUGAGCAAACGGCCCUUCAGAGGCAUGGAUGACUACUAUGACGACGAUGACUACUACGAUCGUCAGAGGCAGUACCUUAAGGCGAAUGAAAACUGCUACAAAGCCGCAGAAAUUCUGCAAACCAUCGCCGCGCUCCUUACCAUCCCGGUCACGUCCAUCAUCUGCUCUGUAGCCUGUGUGGCUUAUAUGCAGGCAGCCAGUUCAAGAAAGAGUUUGAAUCUGAGAAAGAUUAUGGCGCUUGCGGACCAAGGUUGGCUGAGUCCGAGAAUCUUGUGGGACAGGCUGCCAGAGACAGGGUGCCUACCUCUUUAUAUCGCCCUGGGGUUGACGCUGAUUGGGAGCGUUUCCCAGAUUCUCCAGAACGCCUUUGUCGAUCGCGAGUCCAUAACAGCUGCUAGCGGGGAUGAUAAUUUCCUUGGGCUCAUGGACGUCCCGGAUAUGCUCACGAAGUAUGCCGCACGACCCGAAGGCGCUCGGAUAUACCGACUACGCAGUCUCCUGGAAUCAACGAGCAGCGAGGAUAGCGAUGUCAAUCUCUGGAUCGAAGAAGCCACCAUGGAUAAAAGGAACUUUCAGUGGUUCUCAUCGUACGGCUACAACUCAAGUGACAAAAAGAAUACCUAUUUUACACCCCUUCCAUACAACUUCAGCUCCGGAGCAUAUCCUCGACCGCAAUACGCGCCACGCAUUAGCUCUGUCUUGGAUUAUGUAGAGAUCGACACGGACGAGUUCCAGAGAGAGUGCCGAAAUGAGACGGACACCGGCGGCUUCUAUGCAAAUUACGUUGUGAACGUGGAUCGUGGUAGUGCUCAAAGUAACCUCAAUAUCACGCUCGAGGCAUGCAUGGCAGGCGACUUGAGUUCCUCGCCCUGGAAGUCAACCCGGGAUCGCCAGGGCAUAACCGAAGUGCUCUACCUGCAAAUCUUUACACAUGGCUCCACAAGUAGCGGCGGCCGACAGUAUUUCAAGGCUACAGCGGAUACCUCUCUAGGUUACUUCGAGCUGCCUAGCCAUCUCAAUGGACAGAGGCCGGGCCCCCUCCUCGACAAAGAUCCACUGGCCGGAAACCCUUCGCGCGGGGGCAAUUUGGAGGCUGUGAAGAGAGAAGGAAGCAACGUGACAUAUGCAGGUAACGCAGCGCUCAUGGAAACCAGCAACAAAGGCCCGCUGCUGUCGCUUGCCCUGGCACUCUUCGGCCCUGGCUCUUUCAUCGCCUCUCGCCUAUCCAACCCCGCCGCCUACGUCGUGCCACCUACCAUCGUCGGCCUAGUCCCAAUUGCAGCUUGCCAGGGACUCUAUCCACUCGCGAAGCUCAUGAACACAGCCGGCACGGGUUGCGUAGUUAAUAACAACGGGGAAGCGGACACACUUAGCGUCAUAUUCUCAGUCCACGACCUGCUUGCCUCCUUUACGGACCCCUUCCUCGACGACGAUAGCGUGCAUCGUGCGUUCUCCGCCGGCCUUUUUCUGGCUAACAAGCUCUGGCUUGGACAGUCGACGGCGACGAUGUACGGUUCCAGUCUCCAUGUCAACUACGACGAGGGAAUUCCGACGUACAAGCCGAACAUCAGCCUCGUCGGGCUUAUCCUGGGCUCCCUCUUUCUGGCGCUCCAUCUGCUUGGUUUGUUCCUGUUGGCGGCAUACAUUGCUAUCAUGAAGCCGUGGGCGAGCUGCAUGGGCGCCGAGGUCAUGGUUAAAAUGGGAACCGUGUAUGCGGACGUCCUGGGCAAGGCCGAGGGAGAAGCGGAGUGGAGACAGGCGCUUCAGAAGCUGCCGGGAUUUAUUGGGGACGAGCGGCCGGAGCGGGAGACGGGGCGGAUGCAGAUGGGUGCCGUGAGCGGGUUGAGAAGGACGAGAUGGAGGAGGUUUGAGGUGUUGAGGUAGGAGGGUGUCUCCCGUGCGUGAUGGAUGCAUAUAUCAGGAUUUCUUACUUUAAUGUGUGGAAAAUGUAUCCUGGAGGCCUUUAAUGCAUAGGGCCGACUUGAAAUAGCGCGCAAG